AUGAUAAACAAUUCUAAAAUGUUUUUCAGAGGCAGCGCCGUGGCCCUGCUCUGUGCCCUGGGCACCCUCCUGAGCCUCCUGGUCCCCGUGCAGGCCGCCAGGUCUCCCGACUGUGGGGGCAUCCUCACCCCGUCAGGACUGAGCUACCUUGCUGAAGUUUCAAGACCAUAUGCAGAGAUGGUCCUCAGGCAGGACCUGACGGACCCGAGGGCCCCCGACCUACCCCUUGGCUCCCCAAAAGCCAGCAGGGACCAAAUCAGCUCCGUCCAAGUGGUUGACCUGUCGCUGUCGCUUGUCCCAGAGGCCGGGCUGCAGCUGGGCAUCGAGGCGGACCUGGGCAUCGCCCCCCCGGCCGCGGCGCCCAGGCUGGCAAGGCUGUCCAUCCUGGCCGACCUCCACGUAGACCUGAGCCCCGAUGGCGACCUGCAGCUGACAACCUCCGCCUGCAGACCCACCGUGGAGGAGGUGCAGAGCGCCGAGGAGGUUGAAAGCAAGUCCUCUAGUUCCGACCUGGAUAAGGAGAUUAAUGCCGAUAAGAUUUGCUUGGAAGUCUCCAAAUUGCUCCUUUUGCCUAAUGAACAGCUAAUGUCUCUGACAGCUCAGUUCCCUGUCACCCCCAGCUGCCAGGUCCAGUACCUGCCACUGGCUGCCCCCGUGAUCUCCGAGGAGGGAAUCACCAUGUCCUUGCAAACCACGUUCCACGUGGCAGGGAUAGCAGUGCCCCUGCCAGUCAGCCCCGUGCCGUUCAGCAUGCCCGAGCUGGUGAGCUCCAGCCCUUCCCACCUCACCUUGGCUUUGUCUGAGCACUUCUACACCAGCCUCUUCUUCGCCCUGGAGAGGGCUGGAGCCUUCAACAUGACCAUCCUGAGCCCGCUGACCACUGCCACCAUGGCACAGAAGAUCACCCAGGUCGGCUCCCUGUACCCCGAGGACCUGCCUGUGAUGCUGAGGGCCGAGCUCAGAAGCUCUCCUCGGGUGGAGCUGGAGGAAGGCCGAGCAGCCCUGAAGCUCUUCCUCACCAUCCAUGUUGGGGCAGGCUCACCAGACUUCCAGAGCUUCCUGGGCGUGAGUGCGGAUGUGACUGCAGGACUGCUCCUCAGCGUCACCGACACACGGAUGAUGAUCUCUGCAGCAGUGAUAGAAGAUGCUGAGCUCAGCCUGGCUGCCUCCAAUGUGGGCCCGGUGCCGGCUGCGUUGUUGGAAGAGCUGUUCCUGGGCACCGUUCGUGAGGAGGUGCCGGUCUGGAUGAAUGCGGUGCUGAGUGAAGGCGUACACCUGCCACACAUAUCCAGCUUCACCUACACUGAUGUCAGCGUCAUGAUUCACAAGGAUUACGUCUUGCUCCUGUGCAACCUCAAGCUGCAGGCGAGACACGGCGAGCAGGGGGCCGUGGCCUGA